UUGUGGUAAAAAAUUGCAAAUAUACAAUUAUUCCAGUUGAUUCGCGUGGUGAUAUUGUGGGGUCAGUUUAAAAACGAUUUAAAAAAAUAGAACUUAUUCACAGGAUAUGGCCCUAUCUGCCUCAUUGGCACUUUCCGGGCUGACUCGCGAAUCACUUGAAGGAUCUAAUUUGGAAAUGUUGUUCGACCAAGCCGAUCGAAUUUUAAGUGCCAGUUGUUCCUCCAUAGCUUCCAAUAAUUCGUCCAAUUCGUAUGAUAGCGGCAUUUCCGGCGAAGCCCACUGGUUAAAAUUUGUCAAUGUCCUGUAUGAGGCGGGAAUCAAAGUAAACGAAACUCUUGAAGAAUCCGAAAGGAAAGCUAAAGCGGAGGCCGUGGAGGACCAAGUUAUCAAAACUCCUGAACCACCAAAAGAAAUUGUCCAGGUACAAAAAGAAAUAAUAUUUAUCAACAAUUUUGAACAAAAUCCAAUUAUGUACGAUGGAAGAGACAUCCUUAACCUCAACGCCAAUAUACGAGGAACUUGGAACUGUAAAACCGCAAUUUUACCAAAAGGAGUAGAAAGUUUUUUCCAGAACCGAUCUCAACUAAGCAGGAUAGAUGGCGUUAGUGCGCCCAGGCACUUUUUGAUCAAAUGUAACGACUGUGAUUUUUUGGAACCUCGAUACUAUUAGUUUUUAAGUACGAUCCAAACUCAAUAUAUAUUGACAAAAAUAUAAUUGAUAUUAUUUAACUUUCAAUAAUUAAAAAUGUGAUAAGCAAAGCAAUUCUAAAAGUUUAUUAUAAAUAAAUAUGUAUAGAAUAUUUAUUUUAAUAGUUCUGGGAUUGUAUCGUGAUAUUUUUAUUUAGAUGACUAUUUGUAUUUGUAACAGUAU